ACAUUUGUAUUUACAUAUACAAAUUACAGCUGUUUCAAUAUUGAUUAUCUAAAGCUUUGUUUAUAAAUUUAGAUUCCAAUUCGAAUAUACAACAUUAAUAACACGAUAUGACUCCACAGGACGCGGAUUUAGCAUUCAAAACCAAGAAAACUUCCGAAAAAAUAUGCGAAAACAUACAUAUUGUAGCCAAUGACCCAUCAUUGGCAUUCUUUCGCAUACAGGAACAUGUAAGGAAGGUGCUACAGCCAAUUUCAGAUAAAAGGACGGAAGUUAUGCAGUUACAAACGAAUUUACAAGGGCAUUGCUAUGACAUGGAAUACGCGGUUGGCGCCGUUAAAGGUGUGGAACAUUCUGAGGCUAUUUUCAAAAAUAUACAAGAAAUGAUAAAAACCUCAAUAUUUCUUAAACAACAACUAAAGUAUGGUGAACUAAAAAACAAGUCUAAGAAGGAUUCAACUAGUAACUCCGUUUACAAGCGUUUCUCUGCACAUUUAACAUUGGAUUUGCCAGAAUUGCCAGAUUUUAGUGGCGUAAUGCGCGAAACUAGUCAACGGGUUGAAACUAUGAUGACGUCCACAUCCAGAGACAACAAUGUACCGCAAAAUAGUACUAGCGAAUUGCAGAGAUCAUAUACCACAUUACACUAAAGUUGGUUAGUUAAGUAAAAUAAUUAAAUAAAAAUAUUAGUUUUAUAUAUUUCUAAUUUAUUACAACUAAUUAUGAACUAAAAGUAUAUAUUUAAUUUUAAGGUCUAUAAAAUCAAGAUUACUCGGCAUUUGUAAUAGUUGAACACAGAGUAAUGGUAUUAAAUAUGUAUGAAAAAAAUAUACAAUUGCUUAGUAAUUGCUAUAUACUAUAUAUAUAUAUAUAUAUAUAUAUAUAUAUAUAUGGUAUAAAUAUGUUUGUGUGUAUGUAUAAGAAUAUAUAUUUAAGUAUGCACGUAUAUAUGAGGAUAUCAUACAUAUCUAUUGAAUCGUACAUGUAUAUACAAUAUUCAAUAAAAUACAUAUAAAAUAGGGACGCACUU